AUGGCAAGCCAAGAUGUUGCGUCGAUGGUGCAAGGGAGCGGAGCAUACGCUUCACCACGCCGGGAGGUCAUCAUCCACAGGACCGUGCGGGACGUUGGCGGGGCCAACUGGCCGGUCCUCACACGCACAAACUACGGCGAAUGGGCGGUGCUGAUGAAGGUCAAGUUGCGUGCGCGCAAGCUUUGGCGGGCCAUCGAGGAAGGCACCGAGGAUGAAGAAGAGGACUGCGCAGCGAUGGAAGCGAUUAUGUCCGCUGUGCCUAACGAGUACGUGGAGUCGCUGGGCGCAAAAGACUCCGCAAAGGCUGCUUGGGACGCCCUCAAGGCCAUGCGCAUCGGGUCUGAUCGCGCAAAGAAGGCAAAGGCGCAGCAGUUGCGGCGGGAGUACGAGGCGCUGGCAUUCCGCGACGGCGAGGCAGUGGAGGAUUUCUCGCUCCGUUUGCAGUCGCUCGUCAAUCAGCUGGCGGCGCACGGCGUCACCAUCACCGACGAGGAGGCGGUCGCAAAAUACUUGCGCGUCGUGCCGCCUAAGUAUGCCCAGAUAGCGCUCUCCAUCGAGACAUUGAUCGGCAUGUCCACCCUCACAAUUGAGGAUGUGACUGGGCGCUUGCGGGCAGUGGAUGACCGCGUGGAGACGGCAACGAUAACUACCAGCGGCAAGUUACUACUGACCGAGGAAGAAUGGGCAGCUCGUAUGCGCGAGCGGCGACCCGGGGAAGGCUCCUCCAGCCGUGGCGGCUACGGCAAGCGCCGUGGCAAGGCCCCGCAAAAGAAGGACGACAACAAUGCGCGUCCGAUCAACAAAGACACUUGUCGACGUUGCGGGAAGACUGGGCACUGGGCCCGGGAUUGCAAGAAUCCUAAGAAGGAGAAAAGGGAGGCGCACCUCGCGCAGGUGGACGACGAGGAGCCAGCUCUUCUAAUGGCAACGACCUGCAAGUUGCACGACGUCGAGCCAGAGUUGGAGGAAGUCAAGGCGGCGGCCACAGAGCAAGGGAAGGCACUGCAGGCCGUUCACCUCGACGAGUCGAGUGCCCAAGUCCACCUUGGACGAAUGGGCGGUGGCAUGGAGCAGAGGUGGUACCUGGACUCCGGCGCCAGCAACCACAUGACCGGCUCCAAGGAGGCUUUCUCCGAGCUUGAUGACGGCGUGAUGGGGACGGUGAAGUUCGGCGACGGCUCGAAGGUGGAAAUUCGAGGUCGCGGCACAGUCAUCUUCCGGUGCAAGAACGGCGAGCACCGCGCAUUGACGGAUGUGUACUAUAUCCCGCAGUUGCGUUCAAGCAUCAUCAGCAUCGGGCAACUGGACGAGCACGGCUGCAAGGUGCUUGUCAAAGGCGGCGUGUUAAAGCUCCAGGACCAGGAACAGCGGCUGCUGGCUAAGGUCCAACGUUCCCGGAACCGCCUCUACCUCCUCGACUUGAAAGUGGAGCAACCUGUGUGCUUGGCGGUACGGCACACUGAGGAGCCAUGGCUAUGGCAUGCUCGGUUUGGCCAUUUGAGCUUCGACGCACUCGGUCGGCUGAGGAAGAUGGUGCGUGGGCUCCCGCACAUCGAGCACGUAGGCGAGCUGUGUGAUAGCUGCCUGGCAGGGAAGCAGAGGCGGCUGCUUUUUCCAAAGGCGGCCAAGUAUCGUGCGGCGGACGUCCUCGAGCUCGUCCACGGCGACCUCUGCGGGCCGAUCACGCCGGCUACGCACGGCGGACGACGCUACUUCCUGCUGCUCGUGGACGACUGUAGCCGUUUCAUGUGGUUGCAGCUCCUGACGAGUAAGGAUCAGACAGCGGAGGCAAUCAAGCGGUUUCAGGCGCGGGCUGAGGCAGAGUCCGGGAAGCGGCUGCGCGUGCUGAGGACGGAUCGCGGUGGCGAGUUCACAUCGGUGGAAUUCGCCGCAUAUUGUGCAAACCAGGGGGUGGUGCGCCAUCACACAGCGCCGUACUCACCGCAACAGAAUGGCGUAGUGGAGCGGCGGAAUCAAACCGUGGUGGGCAUGGCCCGAAGUAUGAUGAAGGCAAAGGGCAUGCCAGCGGAGUUCUGGGAGAGGCCGUGA